AUGGGUGAUUUGACAAAGGAAGGCAUUUUAAAGAGCAAUAACCAGCAGUGGUCCUCUUCUGCCAAAAUUGAGGCUGAGGGCCUCGAGUGGCUAUAUAACGAUCCCACAGCUCAGCAAACCAAUGAGAGCAAACUCGAAUCCUAUCUUCUUGGUGAAAGUAUUCCUGGCGCUCGGGGUGAACUCCAGAAAACCAGCGAACUUGAGGACUCUAAGCUCGGGUCCCUUCUGAAGGACGAAUCCUCUAACCGAGUGUACGAACAGACCCUGAACAAGUUCCGUGAGGACCCUCUCUUCAUCAUUAAGAAGCUCGAAAUGCAGCAGAAACAGGUUAUUGACAAGUACGCGGCCAUUGCGAGCAAUUUUGAUAAGAGGCGGAAGGAGUUGUCCAGGCACUCUGACAAGAAACAAUCAGAAACUCGCCGGAGUUCAAGGGAGAAGCAUCGCGAGGGCCGCCAUCGCAGCUCCAGGGAGCGCAGGUCAGAGCGGCACUCCAGGCGCUCUGAAGAACGCCACAGGGAGUCUCACCGCAGAGAUCACAGGGACGGGGACAGAGACAGGGACCGGGACAGACACUCUCGAUCCACCGGCCACAAACAUGAAAAGGAGGACACGCACCGGCAUCGCAGAAGGGACCGCUCGCCCAGCCCUGACGAGCGCGGGUCCCGUAAGCGCAGGUCGCCAUCUCCUGAGCCCCAGCCUAAGAGGAAGAAGGGUCCUGAGGUUCCUAGGAAGUACGACCCUCUCAAGUAUGCCUUCGGCGUCAACGACGACAUCUGCCCUCCUGACGAGAUUCUGGCUACUGCCAAGAGGCGUGAGGAGGAGGCCAGGGCCAGGGAAAUGGACCGACUCGAGUCGACUUCCGUCCACAAGGACGAGGCCUCGCUCCUCGAGGAGAUGAGGCGUGAGGGGUCCUCCCACAUCCGUGAGAAGAUUGAGAAUAUCGCAAAGCUAGACCUAAUUGAGAGCGUUCUUGAGAAGAGCCAGUCGACUGCCAAGCGGGACUACAUUUCCACCGUAAAGCGCCAGGCCUUCGACUCUGCUGACAUGGCCGGCCUUAUUCGUCGCAAGGCCUCCAAACAGCAGGAUCCCACCAGCUUCGCAAACUCACUAGCCCUGAACACUUACACACUCACAUGUACAUUAAUAUAUUGCAACAGCUACUGA